UGAAUGGAGAUGCGGUGCAACGUCUGCUGUGUUCAGAGCAGGACUGGGUCCUCUGAAAGACCUCGCGACGGAGAAUAAACGUUUUGGAGGAGCGACUUUUGAGAGAGUUUGCGAAGUUUGGAGGCGUAGCGCAGCGAUGUGAUGUAAUGUGAUCUACCGGUUUUGAAAACAUUAAAGUGAAAAUCUCCGGCGGUCAAGAGAAGGACAGUCACAAGGUUGGCAGACUGGCACACAGGCACAGAUGGCAGAGGUGAUGGAGGGUGUAUCCACGGCAGCAGUGCCCAGCACCAGUGUGGACUGGCAGAAGAGAUGCAUCGCUCUGGAGACACAGCUCAUGAGGUUUCGUCUGCAAGCGGGAAAUAUCCGCCACCUACUUGCCGAGAGGAUGCAGGAGCUGGAACAGAGAGUAGAGGCUGACCAGAGAGCAGAGAGCGCCGAAAAAAAGGUCCAUAUUAUGGAGGAGAAACUGAAGUCUGCAAACAUUCAGCCCAGUGAAACAGAAACUCACUGUACAGGCAAUAUCCAAGAGCUGAGCAAUCAAAUCCAGGAGAAAGACCUGAUCGUAAAGAGACUGGAAGGACAGCUGGAGAAACAGAACUUGGUUCGAGCCCAAGAGGCUAAGAUUAUUGAAGAGAAAGCUGCCAAAAUCAGGGACUGGGUCACGUUUAAGUUACGAGAGAUGGAAACCGAGAACCAACAGUUGAAGAAGGCCAACCUGAAGCAAACUGAGCAGAUCCUCAUACUACAAGACAAGCUUCAGAGUAAGCACAACUGAUUUCCUGUUUUUGUUUCUUUUGCCAUUUGUUUUUUGCCCAUCUCACUGUGUUUCUGUCAGCUCUUCUGGAAGGCCCAUGUCUCUCCCGCGGUGGACACUCAUCUGGUCCCCUCCAGCCCUCUCCACCCUCCUAGCUGUCCCGGGACGCCCCCUGCACAGGAGGACUGCUGGAGAUUGACAGGAUGUCGCUUGAACAGCUCUACAGCAAAAAGGAAAAUCACGGAGGGCUGUGAUUCUGCUUUUCACAGUGCGUCUUUACUUCCCACCUUACAAUGACAAAGCAGACCUCCUAAAUCUAGUCAAGAGGGUGUAGAUUGCCACAGCACAGUUAAGGAGAGUGCAGAAUUGGGCGGAACCUCCUUUUGGAGUGAAUGCGUGGACAGGGCAAUGGGCGGGGCCUCAGACCCCCCCCCCCUCAACCGAGACCACUCCUCUGGAUGACUCAACAGCAAAUUUCGCUCCCAGCGCCUCCGCUCUUCCUCCUCAUCCUCUUCCUCCUCCUCCUCGCAUAUGAGACCCCCGGCCCCGGGUGGCUUUGAUACUCCAACCCCGACUCCUAAAAGCCCCCCGCCUGUGUCCCUCUCACCUCCAUUAAUACGUCUCCCUCUGUCAUGUCCCCUUCCCUCUGGCCUUACCAUGGGCACCAGCAUGACCCUGCCCAAAGUUCGCACUCCUCUAACGCCCCGGGACAGUAUCCAGCUUGUGAAGAAACAUCACAGUCAGCCGCAGCCUGGCAUAGAGCAACCUUCAUAUCAGGGUCAAGAUGUCAGCAUUGAUAUGGGAAACUGUGGGUCUCCAUCGUGCCACAGUCUCGUCCCAGGUUCAGCUCCCACACAUGGGCUUGAGGAGACAGACAUUGACGAAGGACCCCCCGAAAGCAUGGAGGGUGUUGUGGAGGGGUCCGAGAUUACAGAAGCUCAGCCCACUGAUGGAGACUUGCUUGAUGGUUUGACCAAGGAGCUUGAGAUGAUGGAUCCAGAAGCUCUUAAACCACCUACACCACCUCUGCACCGAUUCCCCUCUUGGGAGAGCCGGAUCUAUGCUGUGGCUAAAUUAGGAAUGAGGGUCUCGGAAGCCUGUCUUGGAGCCAAGACUAUUGGUAAAGUAUCCACCCAACCUCAGCACUCAACAACCGGCCCCUUCACUCACCUCAUAUACAAGAACAUCAGUGUGCCUGUGUACUCCACACUUAAAGGGAAAGCGACUCAGAUCAGCAGUGUCCCUCUCCCCGAUGAUGACUCUGGUUCAGAAGACGACAGCAGCUCAUUGGCUAGUCUGCACACGUCCACCCUGGGGCCGGAUAAGAAGGGCAGCACCCCUGGUAGUCCCCGUGCUGUCAAAAGAGGUGUAUCCAUGUCCUCCAUCAGUUCAGAGAGUGAUUAUGCCAUUCCUCCGGAUGCGUAUUCACUGGAUAGUGACUGCUCUGAGCCUGAACACAAGGUGCAACGAACCUCCUCCUACUCCUGUGAGAGUGUCGGCCCGGAGACACUCGAAAAGACAGGUUACCUGCUGAAAAUGGGCAGCCAGGUGAAGGCAUGGAAGAGACGCUGGUUCAUCCUGAGGAAUGGCGAGAUCUUGUACUAUAAGUCGCCGAGUGACGUGAUCCGGAAACCUCAGGGCCAAAUGGAGCUCAACUCCUCGUGUCAUAUUGCCCGCGGAGAGGGAGCACAGACAUUCCAGUUAAUUACGGAGAAGAAGACUUUUUACUUGGCUGCAGACUCCCCAAAUAUCCUGGAAGACUGGAUCAGAGUUCUCCAGAAUGUUCUCAAGGUUCAGGCCAGUGGACCAAUUUCCAUGGAUAAAGAAGUCAAGCCUACAGUGCGAGGCUGGUUAACAAAGGUGAAACAUGGUCAUUCAAAGCUUGUGUGGUGUGCCUUGAUUGGAAAAGUCUUCUACUACUACCGAAACCAAGAUGACAAGUUUCCACUGGGUCAGCUGCGUGUCCGAGAAGCACGAGUGGAAGAAGUGGACAGGUCAUGUGACUCUGAUGAGGAUUAUGAAGCGGGUGGGCGGGGCUUCCUCUCCUCUCACUUCACAUUAGUGGUUCAUCCUAAAGAGCAAAGCCCUACCUACCUGCUCGUCGGCACUAAACAAGAAAAGGAUACCUGGCUGUACCACCUGACCUUAGCAGCGGGUAGUUCUGCCAGCCUGAGGGUGGGGACAGAGUUUGAGCAGCUGAUCGGCAAGCUGCUUGAUGUGGAUGGCGUCCCAGACUCUGCUCUGUGGAAGCGUGAAGUGCUGUGCUUCAGUAAGGAGGGUCUGCGGUACCCACUCACCACACUGCCCUCCGAGGCACUUCAAACCGAAGCUCUCAAGCUCUUUAAGUCAUGUCAGCUGUUCAUCAAUGUGCUGGUGGAGUCCCCUUCAAUUGACUACCACACCUCGCUGGCCCAGAAUGCACUGCAGGUGUGCUUGACCCAUCCAGAGCUGCAAAAUGAGAUGUACUGUCAGCUGAUCAAACAGACCAACUGCAGAACUCCUCACAACUACGCCCUCACACAGUGCUGGCAGCUGUUGUCAUUGUGCGUAGCUCUUUUCCUGCCUCAGCAUCAUUUCCUGUGGUACCUGAGACAGUACCUGCAGCGCAACGCAGAUCCCAGGACUGAAGUGGGGAAGUAUGCAGUGUACUGCCAGCGCUCAGUAGAGAGAACUUUGCAGAACGGAGAGAGAGAAGCAAAGCCUUCACGCAUGGAAAUAUUGUCUAUACUGCUGAGAAACCCGUACCAUCACUCUCUGCCCUUCAGCAUCCCUGUACAUUUCAUGAACAACACUUAUGAGGUUGUAGGUUUCGAUGGUUCCACCACAGUGGAGGAGUUCCUGAACACAGUGAACCAGAGGACGGGCAUGAGGAAACCACAGAUUUCAGGCUUCGCACUCUUUACUGACGACCCCUCCGGCAAAGACCUGGAGCACUGCCUGCAGCCCGCCAAUAAAAUUUGUGAUGUGAUCUCCAAAUGGGAGCAGGCACUGAAGGAGCUUCAUCCUGGAAAAUAUGAAGGAACACGAACAGUCCGUCUCACUUAUAAAAGCAGGUUGUGUUUCCGAGCUCAGGCUAAGGGUGAGACUGAGCGAGAGCGCCUUCUGCUGGCCUAUCAAGUCAAUGAUGAAGUACAGCAAGGGCACUUUCCUGUCAGUAAAGAACUAGCUCUGGAGGUGGCAGCGCUCAUAGCACAGGUGGAGUAUGGUGAUCUAGAUCGUCCAGCAAUGUCUCCUGUUGGCUCUCCCCAACCGAAGACCCAACAGGCCCUUCUACAGGUACUGGAGCGCUUUUACCCCAAACGCUACAAGCAGGAAUGCAGUGUGGAACAGCUCAGGGAGCUCGGUGAGCGUUUGGCCACUAAGUGGUCAGUUCUGCGCAGCUGCACGGCAUCUGAAUGUGUGAGGAUUUAUCUGACCGUGGCCCGCAAGUGGCCUCUGUUUGGGGCCAAGCUCUUCAGUGCCAAGCCGCUGCCUCCCUCUUCACUGGACCUAACUCAAGUGUGGCUGGCGGUCAAUGAGGACGGCCUGAGUGUCCUCGACUACACCAUGCACCCACUGGUCACAUAUCCAUACCAGUCAGUGAUUACGUUCGGAGGCUGCAAGGAGGAUUUCAUGCUGGUGGUUAGCCAGAUUAAAGACCAGGCUUUGGGCAAAAAGACUGUGGAUAAACUUUUAUUUGCAAUGGCUAAACCAAAGAUCCUGGAACUGACUCUCCUCGUGGCUAGUUAUAUUAACUACUGGACCUCCAGCUUACCAGGAGCCAGUAACCAGACUCAAAAUUCAACGCUCGGGCCUCAAGGAGACAAAAAGCUGUGGGACAUAGACAGCCGACACUUCCCUUCAAUGACAUACACUACCAAAGGCCCAACUCUCCUUUAAAAAAAAAAAAAACAGGUGUCUGGACACAUCAGCAACUCAUCACGUGGUUUGCAAACACAAAUAAAACACAUUUGGGGAAUAAUUUAAAGCAUUUAAGUUUGGGAUAUGAUUCAGACUUUGUGUUUAAAGGUCUUAACCGUAAAACUGCAACGAAAAGUUAUUUAUUGUCCAAAACGGUCAACUUGCACACAGUUCAGGGUCCAAAUGAAAAAAACAAAAAAUAAAGGGGGUUUAUAAAUGGAAACCCACCCUGAGAAGAUCACACACCAACUCAAAUCAGUUCCAAGAGAAUUUUGUAAUAUAUUUUUUUAUUCUUGGACGCAGAAAAGGUUGGCGGCCAUUUUAAGGAGUUUUUCAUCUAGAUGCUCCAGUUUAAGACACGGUUUGAUUUUUUCAUUUCUGUUGAACGUGAUUUUGAUUUAUCCUUGUCGUUGUUUGAUAUUGUUUAGUUUACUUUGUUUUUACUCAAAAUAUUUUUAGUGUUUGACGGUACAUUAGUUAAAGGGUUAGUUCACUCCAAACUGAAAUUCCGUCGUCAAGAGCUCACACCCUUGCGUCGUUUCCAAUUUCAGACUUUUGUUCGUCUUCAGAACACAAAUGAAGAUAUUUUUAUAUCAAAUCUCAGUCACCUCCAUUGAAUAUCUUACCCAAAUAUCUCAUGCUGAUGAACUUUCAUGAAAAAAUCUAUAAAAUAAACUUUUAUAAAUAGUGUAUAUGCACACAGCCUUUAAUUUUCAGUCAGCCAGCCUAUGCGCUUCCGGUGAAAUGUCUUUCCAAUACAAAAUCACCACGUUUAAACUGCUGUCUUUAAAAAUCACUGAUUUCCACAGCCUGAUAGAUAUACGAAAUAAAGUGGGUCUCAGACCGGACAAGAAGCACUGCAUUAAAUUCCAUUGUCCCGCGGCAUGUCUUUAAAAUAUGAACAUUUAUUUUACUCAAGUGUUGCUGUGUGGCUCAAGUAUUUUCAAUGAAGUUUCUGUGCGAGCUUGCACUUAAGCGGUCUUUCGUCAUUUUACACUUUGAACAACUAAAUGAAUGCUUAAGUCUGUUUAACUGAAUGUACUUUAAUUACAUUACAACAUCAAUGCUGUAAACAGAACCUUAUAAAAUUGAAAUUAGUCACGUAAACCUUUCACCGGAAGUUUACAGAUGGCUGAAUCCAAUCUGCUGAAGAGACAGAGUAGUUUUUAAUAUAUACAGCACUCAGCUAUGGAAAAAACGAAGAGAUUGCAGUUUCUAUAGUUAUAAGCUAUGUGUUUGAGUAAAAUGUUCAUUUUAAAUCUUGUUUUAUUCUGCUAAGCUCUGACAACAUGAAUUUCUUGACUCUUCUGUUAUUUGACUUCAAAAAUUAUGUUAUUAUAAAGUUAAAACGUUGAUAUUGUGUUUUUUUUAUUGUGUCUAAAAUGAAUGUAAACAUAUUUUAACCAAUUGUCAUGUUAAGCUCUAAAUGAUCAUUGUCCCCUAAAUUUAGAUUAGAGAAUUAGAAAUGUCUCCAGUUUUGCAGAACAAAACAAAAAUGAUAUUUUAAUAUUUUUUUUCAAACACAUAAAGUAACUAUAAAACAAAUCAGGGUUCAUGCGUGUGCUGGAAAUGCUUGAACAUUGUGGUUUCCUGUCUGAAAAGUGCUUACAUUUUAGAAAAGGUGUUUGAAAAUGUAAUUGUAAAUUCAUAAUUAGCCACUAAAUAGGUAAUAGUAAAUAACUUAAAAAAAAGUUUUGCUUUUGCAUAAAAUGGAAACUCUGGAGUCAAUGCAAAAUGCAUUGAGAUUACCACUUCAUGAGUGAACAAAUCAUAACAUUAAAACAAAUACACGAUUAGGAUGAAAUAUAACACAUUUAAGAUGAAAGUAAAUGACAUUUUAGGGUAAAUGACUGUAAUUCUGUGUUGGGCUUGAGGCAAACAUGCCAUCAAAAACUUUCCUUAUAGUCUUCUAUAGUACAGUAUAGUAUAGUAAUCCAACAAAUAGUAACUGAUGUAAUGUGAUUAAGUAAGUAUGUCAUUUGCUACACUAGUAAAGUGAUGGAAAAGUUUAAAAACGUACAUGGAAAGUGCUUUAAAUUUGAUGGUGGAAGAGGUUUGAUGGUAAGCAAGAACCCUGAUAAAUUGUAGAUGGACAGAAACAGAACUUCUAAGUGGAUUCUUGUUCCCAUAUAUGAAUAAAAUCCUACAUUAAACCUCUUCAUCUUAUAAAGUAAGUGUGUAUCCUUUCAGAGGACUUGGAUUAUAUUGUUUAAUUAAAUUUACUUUUUCUUGUUAAUGUUUAUGAGCAUCAAGAGUUUAGUGUAAAUAAACGUUCAAAGGAAGAAACUAAAUCUCCAAGAUUUCAUUAAAAUAUCUUCUAUUUGCCUUUCGAAGGUGAACAAAUUAGGUUUGAAAUGACAUAAAAGUGAGCAAAAUAAUGAUUUUCAUUGUGUGGUGAACCAUUCCUUUACUGCUACUAUCUAUCGUUUGAAUUUUACACAUCACCAGGACAUGUAGAAACAUUCAAAUAAUCAUCGGUAACAUAAAUGAUGGUACAGUAUAGUUAAUUAUUAUACAAAGGUACAAAACUAACAGUAGUACUGUGUUCUUGAUGACAACUUAUCUUUCCAGUCAAGAAGUAACAUGAUAAAUCUUCAGCACUAUGUGUGAAGUUAGAGGAUUUGGGCUAAAGCUUUACUUUCUCAUAUGUUACGUGGCACUUACCAUAGUACUACCCAACAUAAUGCUUCAUCUGAGCCAAACUGUUCAUUUUCACAAAUGUAGUGAAUAAUUCUAGGUUGUACAGUAGAAAAGUAUACACAUUUUAUAUGUCUUUAUACUAGCUAUAAUCUUGAUCAUUGUGUAAAGAAGCAAAAAAAGAAAUCGAUGCACACACAACACACUUCUCAAGAUGACGUUAAUAUUUGCAGGAUCAUAUGUUUUCGCCACGUUUGCAGCUUGAGAAUAGUCAUGAUUAUAUUCUGAUCUUAUUAUGACGUCUGUAUGCAGUUUUUAGCAAUAAGAUUUAAAAAAUAUAGGUUUUAAGCAUGCUAACCAUUCAGUGAAUAUUAUUGCAUACCAAUGUUUUUUUUGUUAUUGUAAAACUUAUCCAUAAACGCAAGUGAUAAAGGGAUAGAUCACCAAAAAAAUUAUGUACUCAUUAUUUACCCACACUUUCAAAAAAUGGUGUGUGCAGUUUGUUCAAACUACUUGCUUAAAAUGUGCAGAAACAACAAGUUUUUCUGAGACAACUUAAUUGUUUUAUGUUCAAUCCACUUCCAUUUGUAAAAACUAAUAAGUUAACUUAAUUCCUUCAUGUUGUCCUAACACAAGGUGAUUGUGUGGAACCCAGCAUUUUUUACAGUGUAAAAUGAUUCCAACAUUUUAAAGGUCCAAUGAAAUUAAUUUUUACAUAUUAGUAUCAGUAUUAUUCAUUUUUCGGAUAUCUAUAAACUUGUGUGCCCCAAAACAGUGAUAAAAUUCGCAUUUAGAAGAUAUAAAACUGAUAUCAACAUGUAAAGCUUGUAGUUUGCCACUUCUUCCCAAUUGGAUCAAUCAUAAUGAUCACAUCAUAACCUAUCAAAUGCUCUCUAGUACAGUAUCUGACAUGCCCCGCCCCUUCAAGAUACUUCAUAUUUAAUGUGCUUGAGCUAUUUCACUCUCACUGGCAGAGCUGUGCUAUAACAAAACACUACAGGCUGUUUUUUUUUUAAAAGGGAGGAGCUACUAUAUGUACCACCCUAUUUUCGUGUUUCGGUUGAGAGUAGGUCUUACAUUGAAUAAAAAUGCACAUUUCAUAGCACUUCGCGGGACCUUUAAGAGUUUCUUUAUUCUGUUGAGCACAAAAGAAGAUAUUCUGAAAAAUGUUGGAAACCGGUAACUAUUCACUCCCAUAGUAGAAAAAAAUACAACGAAGUUCAAUGGUUACCAGCUUUCUUUAGUAUAUCUUCCUUUGUGUUCAUUAUAAAGAAAGUUAGUCAGGUUUGGAAAAAGUGGAGGGUGAGUAAAUGAUGACAGUUACAUUUUUAGGUGAACUGUUCCUUUAACUAGUUUUUACAAGAAAAUUGUUAUCGAAACAGAUAAUAGACAAAGCAGGUUAAUGCCUUUAAUACGGCUGAUUAAGAAAGCAUGAAAUGUGACUUGAACUAUUCUGAAUCAAACCACUAUCUCUGUAUUUAGCAUAUUUAUUCUAUAUUUUUUCCAAUGUUGAUUUUAGUCUAACCAACUUGUUUUCUUUAGUCUCACUUAAAUCUUUCCUAGAAACCUUAAAGUGUUUAGAGUGGCUAAAAUGGUGUUAAAAUCCAAUGCCAAAAAAUGUGGUAUAGAACAGACAUUCAGAGAUGAGGCUGUGAGAGCUUGAAAUUUUAUAUGCUAGAUUGUUGCAAAUAAAAAAGUAAAUUGUG